AUGGUAAAGUCUAGCAGCAGUAGCAGCGACUCUGACGAAACUUUAGAAUUAAUUAGUCAAGGCCACCCAAAUCCUCAAGUAACUAGAUCUAUUGCUCCUGAUUCGUCACCGAUGGUCUUUCUUUUCCUUGACUGCAUUCAUUAUGUUGCAGGAGAAAAAGUAACUGGUGAAAUUUUGCUGAAUCUUCCUAGCGAUUAUCCUGCAGGAUCCCUAAUUCUAUCGUCUACAGGCAUCAUUAUUAUAUUACUUAUAGAUAAGUUUUAACUAAUUCCAAAUAAUUACCUCCAUCAGUCAUCUGCUCACCAGUUCGAGCACGAACUUGCAAAAGAUUUUCAUGCCGGACAAGGCCUGGAUUGUUUCCUUGUAUUUGAAUAAUUUUUGCUACACUGCCGCAUCUCAACAAAGAUUACUCACUAUGGAAAAUUCAAAAUGUCAUAUUUUCUGAUCGACUAUCGACAGCCUAGGGUGUAACUACUGAUUUCACUCUAGGAAGCAGUCUAGAUUGGUUGGGAAAAUAGCCGAUGGCUCUGCUGAGAGAUCUCUUUUCAGCACUGUGCUCCAUUCCCCUCUGAGGCAAAAACCUAGAUUUUGAAAGAAGUUUACAGCCAGCUAGCUAUAUUGCGCUUCACCAAACCAGGAAAACCUUAUUGGCAAACAUUAUCGGACACUAACCUCUCUUCCUUAAGCUCCCUGCAUACCCUUAUGGCAUUCUAGCUACAGUAAUUAAGAGGCUGAGUUGGCUCCCCCCCAUUUCAAUAUCUAUUGUCCACAGGCGCAGAAGAAGUUUUUGUCUACGAGCCUCUUUCUAGUGAAAAAGCAAAGAUCCAAGAAGUGAGCGAAGUUUAUAGGCUUGAAGUUCCCAUUAAAGAAUGAAAAAAAGGAAUUCAGGCAGGUCAGUAUGUAUUUCCUUUCAAUUUUAAGCUUCCUCAAUAUUCUCCGUCAACUUUUUAUUACGCAGGAGAAGAUGCCAGAAAUUAUUACAUUAAAGCCCAAGUUUCUUAUUAUGCAUAGAAAAAUGCUUUAUAAUUUUUGAUUCAUAAAUUAAUAUUUAUUUUCUAAUAGAGCAUUUGCUUUGCCAAUACUAAAAUUUAUUCAAUUCAGUGAGAAUAUUCUGUGAAUAUCAGAUUAGAAUUACCCCACCAUUCAGAUUUGACUUUAAGCCACUCCAGGAUGUUUGUGGUGAGAAAUAAACAAACACACUCCAAGCCAAAUAUUUCUAUAGAAACCCGAGAAUCUGUCUAUGGCUGCUGCUGUACAAAUAAAGGAAACACAUAUUUAAAGCUCUCAGUCAAAGGAGAAGAGCAUAGCCAAAUAGAAGGGACCUUAAGGUACAAAUUAGAUCCAGACAACACAAAUUGUAAAGCACCAAUUAACUAUGUGACAGGUGAAGUGUCAUUAGUUCUUGAAGUCACUGUAAGUAGCCAGACCUUUCGCAUUGUAAAAACUCUUUCUAGCAUAUCAAGAGCUACAUGGAUAAGCGCAUUUACCAGUCUUGUAUAUGAAAAAGACUUUGAAUAUAUAUUAGGCUAUUUUUAAGCUUUUUUAGAAUUAUUAAGGUCAUUAUCUCUUAUUUUCUAUGUAAUUUAUAUGAUUGCAAUACCAAUAAUCUUAAAAAAUAAUGCAGCGUUGAAUAAUGCUGAGCUUAAGAUGAACAAUGCUGAACUCAACCCUAGCAGCAACCAAACUCCUAUGAUUAACUGCAUGUUUGUAAUUGAAGUCCUUGUGUUUUAUGAUUUAUCCUGCAAAGGGAAACCUGCAAGAAUUGCAAUGCCUUUUCAUGUGAACCCAAAAAAUACUUUUAUAAGAGAAGAGCCGAAACUUCCUGUUCCUUGGGAACCUGAAGAAGCACCAAUUUCUAAUUUUCUUGUAGAAAGCUGCAGGCCAACAAGCCAAGAAGUUGAAGGGAUGGCAAGUUUAUCCACUCCUGACACACGUUAA